AGCUUACAGAAGGAGAAGCCUAGUAGUAAACUGUAAACGUCAAUUGUCAAUCGCGACUUUUCAUAUUUUAAGCUCUGUCGAGCUUUUUUUGAUGCACUCAUAUCCCGCCAGAAACUGUCAAACAUACUUCGAUCAUCGAGAAAGACCUAAUACCCUUGAAGCUUUCCGAGAUGGGCGCCUUAACUUAUAGCGCUGGAGGGUUAACCUCAUUUACAACUGUUGUCGGUCUUUAUAUGCUCUUCACCGGGAGUGGUGAAUCCUUCAAUGUCGGAGCUUUCCUCGAAUCCGUAUCGCCGUAUGUAUGGGCAGACCUCGGAAUUGCACUUUGCAUUGGGUUAUCAGUUGUUGGCGCAGCAUGGGGUAUCUUCAUCACAGGCUCGUCUAUCCUCGGAGGUGGUGUAAAGGCGCCACGAAUUCGAACGAAAAACUUAAUCUCCAUUAUCUUCUGCGAAGUUGUCGCUAUCUACGGUGUUAUCAUGGCCAUCGUAUUUUCCUCCCAUGUUACCUACGCUAGCGCCUACGAAACGUUCGAUGCAAAUGCCUACUACACCGGAUUUGCUUUGUUCUGGGCGGGCGUGACUGUUGGAGGAUGUAACCUAGUUUGUGGUAUUGCCGUCGGCAUAAACGGCAGUGGGGCUGCUCUGGCUGAUGCCGCGGAUCCUUCUCUCUUCGUCAAGAUCCUCGUUAUCGAAAUCUUUAGUUCCGUCCUAGGUCUCUUCGGCUUGAUCAUUGGCCUCCUCGUGUCCGGCAAGGCAGACGACUUCGGUGUAAUCUAAUCGCGAUGACUUGUAUAUGGAAUACAGUGUAAGAAAAGAUGCAUUCACAAUCCACCAAGGAUUGUUGGCGUUCGGAAAGACGGUUUCAAAUUGGGGAAAGUCACGGUUUGUCCGUUUGCGAACUACUGUAUGUACUAAUAUGUAUGGCAAAACUGGGCGCGGUCACAGUUCAUCAGGGACUGCUGGAAUAGACACCUCCUAGACGACCCUCCGCAACAG